UGGUUGGAUUAAUAUAAAUUAAAUAAUAGCUCAUAAUGUGAGUCCUGACAGAGACAUCUGUUUCUUACGGUUAAAAAAAGAGGACAUCCUCUUGCCAAUGGCUGAAGUCUAACCCGUGCGCAGACCCGUUUCUGGCGGUUCGUUGUUUAUCUCGCCUUGAUAACCAGUUAUUCGGUAAGAGCACCCUUCACGGUGACUUGUUCUGUUACCAAAGUUAAUAAUGGAGACGAUCAAGCAGACUUUUUCUUUUUAUGCUCGUAAAAUCAGCGACAUCCACCGGACCCUGAACGGAUUAUCGUAUCGAUUUAUUGAUUGGCUAUGAGUGGGAUUUAGGCUACAUUUCCAAUAUACACAAGUUGUUGUUUUUUUCCCAAUAUACACACUUUUUACCAGACCUAAUACCCUUGUAAUAACUUAAUUGUUUCUCUCCAGAUGUAUUCUAUAACAACAAAAAACGAUUUUUAUUUGUAAUUUUUGUAAUGUUUUUUUUUUAGAGGUGAUCAAGGGAUAGACAUCUUGCAAGAUGAUUUUUUUAGGCUUCUUGGUGAUUUUGACGUCAGUCCAAGCUGUGUCUGUGCCUACCUUCUCCCCCGUGUAUGAGCUGAAGGUGGGGUACGGAGACAAUGUCACCCUCCCCUGUAACUUUUCCUCCUACCUGGGCCAGGAGGAUGAGGGGGAGGUCCGCUGGGAGGCCAUGGGGCAGGAGGUGGCCUCUAUGGAGGUUGGGAACAUCCUUGGUGAGGCCAGAUGGGACGAGGGGGCCAAGAGGGUGGAGGUCAAAACGACACUGAGGUUCUCUUCCCGGGUGGUAUUCCCCCCAGCAGAGAGGAUGAGAGAUGGAGACUUCUCUAUGACCAUCCAGGAGACAGUGCUGAGCGAUGAGGAAAUAUACGAGUGUAUCUGGCUGGGCCGCAAUACCAUCUCUACGGUCUGGCUCAAGGUUCAGGAGCCCGACCCUCCACGCUCUAUCACGCUGUUCAAGGGAAGCCCGGUCACUCUGCCCUGCUACGGUUUCAUCCCCAAGACCCAGCCCACCAGCCAGAUCUACAUCCAAUGGCUGAAGGACGAUGUGGAGAUCAUGACCCUUAACCCUGGUCCAGACGACAAGGGACCUAAGCAAGAAGACCUCCGUCUCUCUCUCCCACCCAACAACCUGCUGGAGAACGGUGACCUGUCCUUGUUUAUCUACAAGACGGAGCUCAAAGACCAGGGAGUCUAUCGCUGCUUCUACAAGUCCAGGAGCUUCGAGGAUCCUAAGAGUGGGAUACCAGAAGGUGUCUCUCUGACCAUCCUAGAUCCACACGCUGACCUAUAUAACUUAACAGGAACAGAGAAUGUCACCAGUAGCUCAGACUUCAGUGGGACUAGUGGUGACAGUGAGAACCCAAUAACAUUCUUCACUUUGGUGACCCAAGAUAAGGAGGAUAUGCAAGUGACAUCAUCUGAGCCAAUAUUAGUGCAGACAGAGAUGACCCCAUCAUCAUCUGAUGCAACCUUUGAGGAUCCAGAAGACAUGUUGGCAGUGUGGGCAAAGACCCUUCCGCUGGUGCGUAUCGGGAUAAUCACCGGGGUUCUGCUGGUUACAGCUCUGAUCUUCUUCCCUCUGCUGGCUCUCAACAAGAUCCAAUCCUAGACCCACAUUAGGAAGAGAGGGUAGAUGCAAGGGUUAGGGCAAGGUCAUUCAAUUAUGGUUCUGGAGGGCUGAAAAACACAGUUUUCAUUCUCUUUUAAUCAGACUGAUACAGAUCUGGGUCUAUCAGGUGACUCUCGGCCAAUCAAUUACAUCAAAUGAUAAUUCAUUCAGGACUAGUAACUUUUUAAAGUGUAUACAGUGCAUUCGUAAAGUAUUCAGACCCCUUUGCUUUUUCCACAUUUUGUUACGUUGCAGCCUUAUUCUAAAAUAUAUUACAUUCUUUUUUUCUUUCAUCAAUCUACACAAAACCCCAUUAUGACAAAUUGAAAACAUGCAUUUAGACAUUUUUGCAAAAAAAACUGAAAUAGCUUAUUUACAUAAGUAUUUAGACCCUUCGCAAUGAGACUCGAAAUUGAGCUCGGGUGCAUCCUGUUUGAUGUUUCUACAACUUGAUUGGAGUCCAUCUGUGCUAAAUUAAAUUGAUUGGACAUGAUUUGGAAAGGCACACACCUGUCUAUAAGGUCCCACAGUUGACAGGUGACAUGUCAGAGCAAAAACCAAGCCAUGAGGUCAAAGGAAUUGUCCGUAGAGCUCUGAAACCGGAUUGUGUCGAGGCACAUUUCUGGGGAAGGGUACCAACAAAUGUCUGCAACAUUGAAGGUCCCCAAGAACAGUGGCCUCCAUCAUUCUUAAACGGAAGACGUUUGGAACCACUAAGAAUCUUCCUAGAGCUGGCCUCCCAGCCAAACUGAGCAAUCGGGGGAUGAAUGCCUUGGUCAGGGAGGUGACCAAGAACCCGAUGCUCACUCUGAGAGCUCCUGAGUUCCUCUGUGGAGAUGGGAGAACCAUCAGGAAGUACAACCAUCUCUGCAGUAUUCCACCAAUCAGGCCUUUAUGGUAGUGGCCAGACCAAACCACUCCUCAGUAAAAGGCACAUAACAGCUCGCUUCGAGUUUGCCAAAGACACCUAAAGUACUCUCAGACCAUGAGAUACAAGAUUCUCUGGUCUGAUGAAACCAAGAUUGAACUAUUUGGCCUGAAGGCCAAGUGUCACGUCCGGAGGAAACCUGGAACCAUCCGUAUGGUAAAGCAUGGUGGUGGCAGCAUCAUGCUAUGGGGAUGUUUUUCAGUGGCAGCGACUGGGAGACUAGUCAGGAUCGAGGGAAAGAUGAACAGUGCAAAGUACAGAGAGAUCCUUGAUGAAAACCUGCUCCAGAGCGCUCAAACUAGGGCCAAAGUUCACCUUCCAACAAGACAACGGCACUAAGCACACAGCCAAGACAACGCAGGCGUGGCUUCUGGACAAGUCUCAAUGUCCUUCAGUGGCCCAGCCAGAGCCCGGACUAGAACCCGAUCGAACAUCUCUGUUGAGACCUGAAAAUAUCUGUGAAGCAACGCUCCCCAUCCAACCUGACAGAGCUUGAGAGAAACUCCCCAAAUACAGGUAUGCCAAGCUUUUUCCUUUGUCAUUAUGGGGUAUUGUGUGAAGAUUGGUAAGGGGAAGAAAAACUAAUUAAUCCAUUUUAGAACAAGGCUGUAACGUAACAAAAUACAAAUGCACUGUAUAUGUGAAUAGUCUGAAAAUGCUAUAUUAUCUUAGCCACAUUAGAGCUAUGCAUUUGUCCUCUGCGAUGCUGGAUCAACCACUCAUCUGAGCUGCCAGUGAGAAGUCUGAGAUCGUUUGAUGAUGUCUGCACUGCUAUGUCCUCUGAAUGCUUUGGAGGUUGUGUAUUGGAAUGUGGAAUUGGACUCAAGGCCUCAGAUGAACCCUUCUAUGCUGUCCAUAUAUAGUAUUCCUAUUAAUAUCGCUCCCUGCACCAGGAAAUAUGUUUAUUGCUACAAGUGCUGGAAUGAUGACGAGGGCGGGGAGACAGUCUUCAAAUACUGAACUGCACCGCUUGAAAACACAGUAUUGGAUGUACAAUAAAUGUGUGUUGUGAGCGCAUGGCAAAUAAACAUUGAAAAGACA